CACAACCUUGAGGUCAUGACCUGAGCCAAAAUCAAGAGUUGGAAGCUUAACUGACUGAGCCAUCCAGGUGCCCCUAGGUCUCCUUUUUCUAGAAGGUGGGCGCUCAGGCAUGAGAGGCCAGGCUCCGUGUAUACCAGAAGAGGGCACAUCUACAACUCCCAAGGCGCAGACGCUAUUCACACCCAGGAUCCGCAAGCUAGCAGCUUCCUGCGGGACAGCAGGGUAGGAGGCCGGGGGUUCUGGGUGAGGCUGGAGGACAGCCAGCUCCCAGUCCUGACACACACUAAGCUGUGUGACCUCGGGCAAGUGACUUCAUGUCUCGAAUCCUCCUCUUACAUGAAGGGAAUCACAACAGUGCCUACCCAUAGGGAUGCUGCAGGAAUUAAAUGAGAUGAGAUAUGUGAAGCAGCUGGUGUAUAAUGUCUCCAAUUUGUUAGCUGUUAUUGAAUAUUAUCUGCUUUAUAAAAGAGACACAUGUUUAUCGUGGGAAUUUUGGAAAACAGAAACAGAUAAAAUCACUGAGAAACAAUCUCACCCAGAGAGGUCCAUUGUUGACAUAUUGACUUAUUUCCCUCCGGUCAUUUCCUGAGGCAUAUUAUAUCCUAUAUUUCCAAUUUUGUAAUCUUGUUAUUUAGAUGGUUUACGGUCCUGCUUUUCAUUAAUUCUGGAAGGCUAUUAAAUAUUCCACAGCAAUGACGUACACUUAGGAAUGCAAGAUUUAGCAAAUAACAAUGCAGAAUGCUGAGUUAAGUUUGAAUUUUUAGAUGAAGAAUGAAUCAUUUCUGAGCAUAAGAAUGGCCCAAAUAUUGCAUGGGAUCUUCUUAUAUUAAAAUUCUCACUGGAUGUGCCUUACUGUGUCUGGCACCCCAUUUACAAGCACAGCCACCCUGAGAACAGGAGAGGGAGCUCUCUGGCCGUGAGUUGGCAGGUUCUGGCAGGUUCUGCAGGGUGUCUCCUGUCCCCUUACCUGGAACACACUGCUCUUUCUCUGGAAGUCCUGUGUCUGUCCUUCUUGUCUUCUUACAAUUUGCUUCCCCUGACCUGAAUCCCCUGGGACUCUGCCAUGUGGAUGGCCCUUCUUCUGAUCUUCUGGACAUUUUAUGUCCUUUCUUUUAAAUAUCCCUUUGCUUAUCUCAAGGAGGCUCUGGAAAGAGGCCGCUGAAAGGACCAGCCCAGAAGCUCAUCCAUGCAUUGCAUGUUCUUCCCCAGCAGGUCUGAGGCCGGAUCCUGGGCCCUAAAUUCCUGCCUUUGGCCAGUCAGCCUGUUGGAGUUCUGGGCCACACAAUGUCCUCACCGGUGCACAGCCCUCUCCCAGCUAGCCUGGGAGGAGACUGCCAGGCUCCACGGCCAUUCUGGAGUGCCCAGCAGGCUUACGGGCCCGUGCUUCUCAGAGCCUCCCAGGCACACCUGACCCUACGGUGCAGGGGCCGGCCCCAAACACACCCGUUCUGCCGCAGAUCCUCUCCAGGUGGACCGGGAGCUGUAGAGGUUUCAUGCAACUGAUCUAGAAGCCUGUAGGAGUAGCGGCGUCUCUGUCCCUGCCCUGGGCAGACCGGUUCUCCAUUCCACUUACCUCGUCACCCCGCCCUGGUGGGCCCAAGCCUGGGGAUGGCGGUGUGGCAGAGCCCUGACCUGGGCACAGCUGAGGGACUCUGCUGCCAGCUUCCUUCAACAGCAGGAGAAUGUGAGCCCUUAGCCCUUUCCGGAAAAGGAAUGAGCUGCUAUGAUCUCCAGAAGGCAUUCUUCUCAAGGUAUCUUUGUUGACUUGCUCUGCUGACCUGAACAAGAACCGAGGUGGACAAGAUUGUGGACCAGCUGCAGCAGUUAAUGCAGGUGUAUGACUUGGCUGCCCUUCGGGAUUAUUGGAGCUACCUGGAACGGCGGCUCUUCAGCCGCUUGGAGGAUAUAUAUAGACCCACCAUCAACAAGCUGAAAACCAGCCUGUUCCGCUUUUAUCUCGUCUACACCAUCCAGACAAACAGAAAUGACAAAGCUCAAGAGUUCUUUGCAAAGCAGGCCACGGAGCUCCAGAACCAGGCUGAGUGGAAGGAUUGGUUUGUCCUGCCCUUCCUGCCAUCCCCAGACACCAACCCCACCUUUGCUACCUACUUCUCUCGACAGUGGGCUGAUACCUUCAUUGUGUCCCUGCACAACUUCCUGAGCGUCCUGUUUCAGUGCAUGCCAGUUCCCGUGAUCCUGAACUUUGAUGCAGAAUGCCAGAGGACCAACCAGGUCCAAGAAGAAAAUGAAGUUCUUCGCCAGAAGCUUUUCGCCUUGCAAGCCGAAAUCCACCGCCUGAAGAAAGAGGAGCUGCAGCCAGAGGAGGAAGAGGCCUUGGUCCAGCACAAAUUGCCUCCUUAUGUUUCCAACAUGGACCGCCUCGGGGACUCGGAACUAGCCAUGGUGUGCAGCCAAAGGAACACUUCCCUGUCCCAGUCGCCUCGAGUGGGUUUCCUGUCCUCGCUGCUGCCUCAGAGUAAGAAGAGCCCCUCAAGGUUGUCGCCUGCCCAGGCUCCCUCUCAGGCUCAGAGCUUGGCCAAGAAGGAGCCGUUCAGCGGUCAGACCGCUAAGGGGAAGGACGCAGCAUGCGGGCCCAAAGACGGGAAGAGCCUCUUCAGCGGGCUGGCGGCUGGGGAGUCCACCUGGUCGCAGCACCGGCAGCGGCGCCUGCAGGAUCACGGCAAAGAGAGGAAGGAGCUCUUGUCUACGAUGUUGCAGAGUGCAGAGAAGAAGACUGAGGCUGGUGGCCCAGAGGCCGAGCCCUGCUCAGAGCUGCACGUGGAGGCGCUGGAGACGCUGACGCGGGCUUCCGCAGCAGGUGCCGAGGGUGGAGGGGUCCGCCCUGAGCAGCCGUUCAUUGUGCUGGGGCAGGAGGAGUACGGAGAGCACCACUCCUCCAUCAUGCACUGCAGAGUGGACUGCUCGGGGAGGAGGGUCGCCAGCUUAGAUGUAGACGGGGUCAUCAAAGUGUGGUCCUUCAACCCCAUCAUGCAGACCAAAGCGUCCUCCAUCUCCAAGUCGCCGCUGCUGUCUCUAGAGUGGGCCACCAAGCGGGACAGGCUGCUCUUGCUGGGCAGUGGUGUGGGGACGGUGCGUCUUUAUGACACGGAAGCCAAGAAGAAUCUCUGUGAGAUCAACAUCAACGAUGAUAUGCCCAGAAUCCUGUUGCUUGCGUGCAGCCCCAACGGGGCCUCUUUCGUCUGUUCGGCCGCGGCUCCGAGCCUCGCUUCCCAGGUGGACGUCUCAGCUCCGGAUAUCGGCAGCAAGGGAACUAACCAGGUUCCCGGCAAGUUGCUGCUGUGGGACACAAAGACCAUGAAGCAGCAGCUCCAGUUCUCUCUGGACCCCGAGCCCAUUGCCGUCAACUGCACAGCCUUCAAUCACAAUGGGAACCUGCUGGUCACAGGGGCAGCUGAUGGCGUCAUCCGGCUGUUUGACAUGCAGCAGCACGAGUGCGCCAUGAGCUGGAAGGCCCACUGCGGGGAGGUCUACUCCGUGGAGUUCAGUUACGACGAGAACACCGUGUAUAGUAUCGGCGAGGACGGGAAGUUCAUCCAGUGGAACAUCCACAGGAGUGGUCUGAAGGUGUCUGAGUACGGCCUCCCCGCCGACGCCACGGGCCCCUUCGUGCUGUCGGGUUACAGCGGCUACAAGCAGGUUCAAGUGCCCCGGGGCCGGCUCUUCGCUUUUGACUCAGAGGGAAAUUACAUGCUGACGUGUUCUGCCACAGGAGGCGUCAUCUACAAGCUGGGCGGGGAUGAGAAGGUUCUGGAGAGCUGCUUGAGCCUGGGUGGCCACCGAGCCCCUGUGGUCACUGUGGACUGGAGCACGGCCAUGGACUGUGGGACAUGCCUCACUGCCUCCAUGGAUGGCAAGAUCAAGCUGACCACCCUGCUGGCUCAUAAACUCUGAUGGGACCCGCCCCGAGGGACACCCACGGAAGCAGUAUUAUCCUGGGGGGAGUAGAGAAACAGGACAGGAAGACAGGGCGCUCUCCUUCCCGCUCCUGGCUAGUGUGAGGACUCCUCAGGGAAAGACAGGGAACUCUGGCUCUGUCUGGCUGCAGAAACUGGACGGGAGCCACAUUGAGUGGUAGCACGAGUGCCCCAGAGACCAGCACGCUGGGCUGUGCAAGAGGCAUGCUCCAGGUGGCGGGAGGAAAGUUCAGGAAGCAAGAGAUACAGUAUGAUGGCUGCUCUGUUGGCCCAGGAGGAAUUGACAGUAUUUUGUAUAUAUAUGCUCAUUUUUCAUCUUUUUUUUAAAAAAAGAAUGCUCUCACGGUCACCUGGUAUCUCUUUCUGGAACACGUGCGUGCAGCAGAGCGUCUCCCUUCUCCCUUUGCCCUUGGAGAGGCAGAUGUUCUGACGGAGCUGGCCAGCUGUGGCCAGCUGUGGGGCUGAACCGUGUGGGAGGUUUGCUUGUGGCUUUGCCUUAGAGCUAGGCCGUCCUGCCUCCCACUGAGCUGGCUAGCUAAGGUUUGUUUGUGCUCUUCCUCUUUCUUUGGGCUCCAGUCAGGGAGGUCAUAGUGUUCCUUUUCUUCCCUGCGUUGGUGGAGCUUCUCGGAAUGAGGUUAGGGUUUGAGGCCUCUGAUUCCAGCCGCCCAAUCCACCUGGGUGUCCCCGUCCCUCUGCCACUGGGGCUCCGCUCAUUCUGUAGCCUUCACAUCUUUGAGGUGGACCAGAGCUGCCAGCGCCCUCUGCUGGUGAAUGGUGAGAGGACCGGAGCCAGCGGGCCAAGCUUGCUUUUGGUCAGAGGUUGGCGAGGUGUGGGUCUCCGGCUCUGACACUUCCAGGGUGGCCUUGUUGCCCAGAUGCUCGGAACAGUCGUUGUAGGGCCUCUUUGGGCUCUAGCCCAGUUCUGGUGGUGCAAGUCCGGAGUGGGGGGGUACUUGCAGUUACCUACGUCUGGAAGAUAAGUGGGUACUAAGGCCUUUGCUCCCAUUCUGCUGGCAUUUGGAAGAAAACUAGGGAUUUAUGUGGCUCAAUUAUGAGAACACUAGAGACUGAUAAGUAGUUACACAUUUUUACCUAUUUCUACCUUGGUAACCCUCUCUUCAAAUGAAGAAAACCAAGACUUCUCCAUUUACAAUUUUCCCCAUCUUCUGCAUUGAAACAGCAGAUUAUCUCCACCACCGAUUCUGUAGGACAUUGAAGAAGCCAUCAUGUGUUUCAUUUGAGUGAGAGUAUUCGCUGGUUAGCUUCAAAGUUUUGUUUCAGUUUCUCUUAUUACCCAUUCUCUCUGCUCUAUAUGGUCUCCACGGCUACCAAAAUGUCUUUAAGGAUUGCAAAGAAACAAAGAACACUUGAAAA